GCUGCUUCCGGGCUCCGCGGCUCCCGGCGGCUCCGCCAGGCCGCGGCCCCAACGCUGGGCCCGGGAGGGGCCCCUGCGCAUAUCGCCGGACGGGUGGGUCCCCAGGUAGGCCCGCGCUUUGCCUCGCGGCUGAAAUCUCCGAGGACCUCUCAGUUCUGACCUUGCGGAGGCCGCGUCUCUGCUGCGUGCUCGCGGGCCGGUAGGGCCACUUUGUAGAAAUCAUAGCUUCUUAAAUCAAGGGACGAACGUUCUUGGCUGGAGUUUGCUGGACACCUCUGUUCCACCUCCCAACAAAGAGAAUUCCUAUUCCUUGAGCUCCUUUAGGGCAGCAGUUUAAGACUCCUAAGAUCCAGAUCCAGGAAUACCUAGGACCCGGGCCACCUUUCUGCCUUCCUUCUUGGAUGGAGCAUCGCCUCCCCAGUUUCUGGGGCACCUUGGGGCGUGGCCUUGGUGAGUGAAACUUGGGGUGCUGCCUGCUGGGAAGGAAAUCCGGAAACACAGACAGGACACUGUGAGGGUGACCCCAGCCCUGCCAGAUUCUGAGACUUUUGAAAUCUUGUGGGAAGGUGGCGGUGGUGAAUGAAUUUGGGUGUGCUUCCCUUCUUUACUCCCAAACUGAAAAGGAAACAAGCUACUUGCCACCCUUGAGGCUGCAUGACCAUUCAGGGAAGCGGGGAGCCACUUCUGAGUUCAGAGUAGGACGGCGUCACCAAGCAGAUACCUGUUCUGAGCCUGAAAGGACUCUGGCUUCUGAGAAGAUCCUGACAGUCUAAGCGGUGCCAGGAAGUAGCCCCAGAAUUUGGGAGCUCAAUACACACCCAGCCAUGUUCCUGCGACGGCUUGGUGGCUGGCUACCUCGCCCCUGGGGCCGUCGGAAACCAAUGAAGCCUGAUCCACCUGCCCCAGAACCCAGAUGGGUCGACAGCUCCCCCGAGAAUUCAGGGAGUGACUGGGAUAGUGCCCCAGAAACCAUGGGAGAUGUGGGGUCUCCCAAGACCAAGGACUCAGGGGCACUGAGGGGCUCUGGAGCUGCUUCAGAACCAAGCAGGAAGCCCCAAGUUGAACAACUGGGGGGCAAAAGGAUGGAUUCCCUGAAGUGGGACAAGGCUGUGUCUAACACUCAGGAGUCUGGGAGACUGGAGGCUGGAGGAGCCAUUCCUAAACUUGGAUAUGAUCAUGUGGAUUCAGGUGGCACCAGGAGACCCGGGGUGUCCUCUGAAGAGGGAUUGAGUGCCCCUGGGCCUGAAGCACCAGUGGAGAAACCUGGUCGGCGUCAGAAGCUGCUGGGUUGGCUGCGGGGAGAAUCAGGAGCUCCCCCACGGUACUUGGGGGGCCCAGAGGAGUGUCUGCAGAUCUCUACCAAUCUAACCCUACACUUGCUGGAGCUGUUGGCCUCGGCCCUCCUGGCACUGUGCUCACGGCCACUGCGUGCAGCCUUGGAUGCGUUGGGCCUGCGUGGACCACUGGGCCUCUGGCUACAUGGGCUCCUGUCUUUCCUGGCUGCCCUGCAUGGGCUCCAUGCAGUGCUGAGCCUACUUACCGCCCACCCCCUGCACUUUGCCUGCCUCUUUGGCAUCCUACAGGCCCUGGUGCUGGCUGUCAGCCUCCGGGAGCCCAGUGGGGAUGAGGAAGCCCCUGACUGGGAGAGCGAGGGGUUGGAGAGGGAGGCUGAGGAUCAGAGGGGAGACACAGGAAAGGAGCUGUGACCAUGGGGUGGGGUGGGGGCAAAGGGUGAAGACAGUAUGGCCUUUAGGAGGACAGUAGGGGGCAUGGCCAAUUGUAAGCAUAGGGACCUCAGGGAUGGGGAAGAAACCCCAAAAUAUGAGGGCGCAGGGCUUCCCCUUUAUACACAGGAGAGAACAGAGCUAUUUAGGGUGUCUAUAUUUAUGGAUGAUGGGACAUCGCCCUUGGAGUCACCAGCUGUUAUUACUUUUUGCUUUUACAUUUCCUCCCCCUCCAGUUUUUUUUUCCAACUUCCACUUUUUAAAAUCAAAAAAAAAAAAAAAAAAAGGUGUGGUGGUGGAGAAUAAAGACCAAAUGGUCCUCUCUGCCUUUCAAAACUCCCCAGGGGUGGAGGAGACCAGAGGCAGGAUAGACCUCUGUGCAAGAGGGUGGUUAGGAGACCCAAGGGGUCUCUUGGUUCUUGGGAACUAAGCCAGUUAGGAAGAGUGGGGCUGCUAAGCAAGUGGAUUAGAGGGCCUGGAUGGGGGCCCACAGGUGACAGGGAGCCUGCAGGGAGGAUCUGGUGCCCAUAGGAGCCAGGAGUGGGGAUGGUACAGGCAGUAUUGGCAGGAGGGCUGGUUCAGAAGGGCUAGCAGCUCAGACAGGCAGUGUGGGGGAAGCACCAGAGCCUGUGGUUUCCACUUGGGGGUUAGGGGUUUGCUCACUCAGCAAUAAAUAACUGUCACACCAAAUCUGAAAUAUACCACUGUAAAGCGAGAGUUA